GCAUCAGGUUCCCGGGGGAAAGGGCGGAGAGUUGGCCACCAACUCUGUAACAUAAGUCCGCAACAGUGAGCAGGAAAGGUCGCGCAGACUGGGAAACUCGUUUUCUUUACCGAAACCUAAGAUAAGAGCCUCGCACUGGCUCUAAUUAGAGCUUCGGUAAAGGGGAGCGGAAGGGCAGGCUGAAGGGAGCCGUGAACCGUGGCGCUGUCGGGAUGAGGCAGGCGCACACGGGCGUAUAUUAGGGGGCCGGACUGUUGCGCUCUUGCUCCAAGUGCAAGUGUGUCUUCCCAGCAGAGGCAGCUGGGACGUCCAAUGGCAGCCAGGCGGACUAGACGGAUGACCGGGCCGGAUCUGAGCAGGUCCACCGCGGCCCGGGCUGCUGCUAUAGCCGAGCAGCUGCAGUAUGAGUGCUCCAUCUUACUGGAACUAUAUAGAAAGAAGGAGAGUUUCACUGCAGAUGUUUUGGUGGCCGACGGCCGUCUGGUGUCCGUCCCUCCUCCUUCCUCCCAGCUGGACACCAGGGACAAGCUGUGGCGUCUCCACUCUGCUCUGUUGCAGUGCCGCAGCUUGCUGGAGAAAGCCAUCGCCAGAGAGGAAGAGGAGCUGGGCAGUGGGAUGAAGGCCGAAUAUGAGACCCAGAGGAAGAUGGUGAAGGACAGACUGUCGCUUCUCUUAAUCAACACUGGAGAACUCCUCAAAGCUGCUGACGGCACGGCGAUCCUGACUCCCAGCGCGGAGGGAUUAGAGUCAGACGGUCCGACCACUCUGUUUGAUCUGAAGCUUUGGGUGUACCAGAUCUUCAAAGAGGUGGACUACUGGACCAAGAUGGCCAUCACCACCUUGCAAGCCCUGCCCUCAGUGAUAACCAAGGAACGAGUGAGGACCACGCGAGCGAGGACAACGAGAAGUGCCCGGAGAUGAGAGAAGUGUGUGUGUGUGUGAGUGUGUGUGUGUGGGGGUGAAGACGAAUUAAUGAAUGAGAAAAGCGGAGAGAGAAAGAGGUGGGUGAAGGGAUGAAAGGGACAAAAAGAUGAUGUGUUCUGACGGGUUCCGAUGUAUGAAGAUAAAAAGAAGGAGAUGAGAGAGAGAGAGAAAGAGAGAGAUCCCUACUGACACAGGGAGAUGAGUGGGUUGGGUUAUUUUUAGGGCAUGAAGCCCCCUUCACUAAACAUAGGCCUUAAACAGAGAGGCAGCAAGAGACAAUAACCGUGUUUAUCACAGCUAAUAACAACAUGUGUGGAACAAGAUUAUUUCAAGUGUGGCAGAGUCUAAUACAGCUUUAAAUUUAUUGUUUACCAUCUUAGAUCAAAUCUAACAAUACAUCUAGAGUUAAGAUACUGAGUUUCUUUCUUUCUUUCACAUUUUGGCAUUGAGGAAACAUAACAUUGAUUAACACUUUUGAUACUUUUUUUACCUGCUAACAUCAAACUCACAUUCAUGGUGUUCCCUGCACAUUCACUCCGUUGAUACAGCUGAAGUUAUUAUUCAAGAUAUACUGCCAAGAUCCACUGCAGCUGACGCAGGGAACAGUCAGCGAGGGGCACAUUCUGAUAAAAAUUAGGCUAUUUGAAUUCAUGCCAUCACCAGACUGUAGCUCUGGUAUGUGUAGUUUUGAAUACUGUGGCUAUAAAUCAUUCCACACAGAUUAUCAUCUGGGGAUGUGCAGUCAUUGAAUGAAAAAAUAUCUGUGUAACGCCACCCUCUAGUGUUUACAUGGCACUAUUACAUAGAUUCAUUACUUUCUUUCUUGAUUGUCCUCAGUAAUGCUGUGUUCUUAUAGUUUUGUUGUGUUUUUAGGGCACUUUAUAAGCAAUGAAAUCAUGUAAAACCAUGUUGCAGGGUUAAGAAAGCAACAAGUGUGAGCAUACAAAUGAGCAAAAGCAGAGAACAAAACCUAAUCGAUGAAAAAUAAUCUUAAUAGUCUACUUCCAUUAAUUUGUGAAACAGAUUUGAAUUGUUUAAAAUAAUAGAAAACUACAAUUCUACUUCAGUUCACAUAGUGAAAUUGAAAUGUGACAAAUGUCACUACACUAAAAGUUUUAGGUCAGAUCAGGUCGUGCUAAAAAUCCCAGCAAGACGGACGCAAAAAUCAUGUUCUGCAUCACAAUUGUGACCAUUGUGAACAAAGUUAUACAAGUAUAUGAACAAAAGUUUUAAGGCACAUAUCCCAUUUUAUCUGGGUUUGAAUUUAGUCACCUGAAAUUAAGGAUUUUUGUCUGUCAAGUGGUCCAUUAUCUAUCCAGUUGCAGCUUGCACUGCAAUAUUCAACAUAUAGUAAAAUAAGUUAACUUGUAGUAGAUUAAAUUGUGAUCAUGUAACAGAAAAUGAAUCAAAAAUGGCCUUCAACAUGUAACUCUGUCAGUCUAAACUGGGCUGUGUUGCUAAUUAGACUGGCAUCAUCCACAGAGUCAGAUUGUCUUUAAUGACGCAAAGAGCUUCAGGGUAAGAAGAAGAGAAGUUACUGUAAAUGGAAUUGAAUCCUAAACAUAUUGCACAUAUAUUGCCUAAGUAACCAAAAGAGCCACGGUGCUAUGCUAGUCACAGGGAGCACAUAGUAGAAAGGGAUGAUUUGGAAGGAAAUAUUUUAUUAAGAGCUUUUUGAGGAAAAAAACAAGCAAACCUUUGCAGUGUUUCUAUUUUUAAUUUUACCGAUAAACUUAGGUCACGUUGUUUCAUUCGAGGGCUUCAGAUUUUGCUCAGUUCGUAUUUGCUUUGUCACUUGCUGUAUUUAGUAGGUUGAUAAACUGCUGGUAGGUGCACUGGGAGUAUAAACUUUGGAAGAUAUGAGUGAUACAGGGUACUCCAAACUGUUUUCAGGCUUCUGAAAACUGAAUGUUGUUACUGGAGGGAAAAAUAAAUGCAUUUGGUCGUUUGAUCAGCUAUGACUAAUUUCAAAGAUGAUUUGUAAGCCCUAAGAAACUAGAGCUACUGUACGUGUGCAAACAUUCUUUCACUCCAUCUGUUAUGCACUAAAUGAAGAAUGAAAAUACACCAUACAGCACAAAUGCAUCUGAAAUAUCGAAUAAUGCUUUGGAGUGCAACACUUUUAAUGUGAUAUACUGUAAAAGCAAUAUUACAUAUUACAUAUUAUGUAUUGCCUUUCUCUGUUCGGUAUAUGGAUUGAGGAUGUAUUAUCUUUCCUCUUGCUCUUCUUCAUCUACUCUGACGAUGAGCUAUCUGCUGGACUACACAGCACAUUAAUCUUUUCUUGUUCUCUGUUUUGAGUCUGUUUAUUUGCUGGUCUGGUUGGCCACAGACCAGGAAUCGGUUAAAGACUAGAGAAGUAUGAACCAGGAAGUCCAGUUUGAGAAAACUCAUCCAGGAAUUUAAAGGCUAUCCGACACAAAUAUAUUACGUAUUAAUAACAUGUGGUAACAUGUUACUGUGGAAAGUUAUUAUGGUGGCAAUUAUUUUAUUUUCCGUUUCAACAAAUGCAAGAUAGAUAGUAGGGUUAGGCUGUUACAAAGUACUCCAACAGUACUGGGGCUACUGGAGUGAAUAAGGCUGCAUAUCUUUGACGCAGUACUAUUGUUGGUCUGAAUGCAGCCUCACAGCCUGCACAUUAGCUUUAUAGGACAACUGAGUGGUUACAGGUUCCAGUGGCUUCAUAUUAGAGCCCUCCGUUCUUCUGCUUGUGUCACACAUAUCUGUCAGUCAUGGACUGACCUACACAAGACUCACACAGCCAUAUUUAGUCUGUCCUCUUCCUGCAGAUUACAGGAAGUGCAGCACUUCGGUUACAUUCCUAGCAAACAAAAUGUUUUGCUAGUCUAUGUAUGCUAUUGAUUGAUUAUUUUUUCCAACACAUUUUUGUUACACUUUUACUGCAUGUGUCUUCUUUACAAGUGUAAUCUGUUACACCACUAGGUGCCCCCUCUUUUGACCUCUGUUGCAGAGAGUGCUAGCUGUAGACAAAUGGCUCAAAGCACAAAGAGAGGAUUAUGUUACCAUCGCAUCUGUCUAUAAGCAGCAAUCAUACUGUAGGAAGCUGCCACACUCAUUAGAGUUGUCAGAACAAUGGUGGGAUUUUCACAUUGUAAAAACUGUGAUUAACAGCUUUAUCAUGAAAAAUGUAUGAUCAACCUCCUUUAUCCUUGAUCAACCAAAUGUUUGGAUAUACUUAUGAAUUGUCAUUGUUGUUUAUCUUUGGAGUUUAUGGUCAAGAAGGAAUAAUCCUCGGCCUGCAAAUAUGGUUUCAUCUGUGUAAUGAUAGUCUUGCUGAAUAUACUUUUGAUUCCGAUAAAAUGUUAACACAAGAGACCAGACACCGAGGCUGGAUUUCAUCUUCGGGCUCAUCUUGCUUCACUGUAGUCCAAAAGCUUCCUCAGUUAAAUCUGUAUUUUGGAAUGAAAACCAUCUUCUCUUGAGCUAUUUGAGUAAAGCCCCUUCCAGACAUGGGAUCUGUAACAUUGGUGGGUUCAUCUUUAUGUUAAAGUACCAGCUCUCUGACUUUCAAACAUACAGUAGGCCUCUGUUAUGGUUUCAUGUUGACUAUGUUCACACAUGACAGGAUGUAUAUAGAUAGAGCAAUGCUCGCGUGAUACUAGGCAAUGUAGUAGGGAGAAUAUUUCCAUGAUAUUUAUCACCAGAGCCCAAAAUUUCAAUUGCUUGAAUGAAUGAUACAAAAUGUAAAGAUAGAGCAAUGGAGAUAGAUGCAAAGAUAUUGACUUUACUAUUAUUCAAGACAAAAAAUACAAUAAAUAUUCAUAUUUUAGAAGUUACAUUUUGAAAAAUGGCAUAAACAAACACAAAUAUUGAUCAUAAAAAUUAAUUAAGUUGACAAUUAAUUUUCUGCAGAUCUUUUAAUCAACUAAUUGUUUCAGCUCUGCAGUUGUAAGUUAUGGAUAUUGUGUGAGAGAAUGUUUACUGCAACAUAAAUACAUGUUGCUAUUUGUUAUGAGUGUGGAGAGGUGGUCCUCUAACAUCAGCAAUGACCUGCCAAUUGGACAAAAGUAGCAUCAAGUCUUUCCACUGAGUCAAAUCUGCUGCUUCAAAAUGUCCUCCGUGAUCAACUCUAAGCUUCAUUCACACUCUCUUGUGAUUGGUUUGCGAAUGUAGGAAUGCCGUUAUCUUGACUUUGCCUUUACUGGAAAUGUACCUGCUUUUAUUCAAACUUGAGCCAUGUAGAAGAAAAUGUUCCAGAAAUGUUGUCUUCAACAUUGAGUCCCUUUUCAAACAUUAGUGAAGAAUUGACACAUUAGACUGUCUAGAGAUGUCUAGAAGGACGACGUAAGCAUAGAGCAUUAGUAGAGCACUUCCCCUUAGUUUCAUUUUGAAUGAUAUAUUAAAUAUGAUACAGGACCAAUAUGGUGACCAGGAAACACAUUUGUUAGUCAAUAUUCUUUCUUUCUUUCUUUUUUUUUCCUUUGAGGACAAAAAACUGGUUUAACUCACAAAAAAUAUGAAAUGUAUUCUAGGUCAUGCAGAGAGCAUCAGUUGAUGCAUUGUGAAUAUGAAAUCAGAGUAAUGUACAGUCUUUUAUGUUUGUUUGAAACUUUGGUAUGGUGUAAAAACUUAUUUAUUAUUGACUGGAUUUCCAAGGGUGUGUGAGUAGGUUGAAAUAAAUUGAUCUUGGCUAUAA